CACAACGAUAACUAACCGAUGUCCAAGGAGCAACGAGAAUCGAGGAUCGUGCGAGCUUCUGUCUACGAUGCUUUCGUCCAACUUGGUGGACUCAACGAAGACGGGAUUGUAAAGCAGUGGAUGUUCGGGGAAUCAGCGCCACAUCUCACAGAUCGAAGAGGAAGAAAUGGCGUGCAGUUUCGGGAGAGGGUGUCGGUAAUGCCCAUUGAGGAGAGGGUUUACGAUGAGCCCGAAGUGGACAAUGGUGGAGGGAGUCGAGAUGGGUCACACAAGUCGAACUUGUCCUCCAAGUUGACCGCCAAGUUGCGGUCGAGAUCGAAGUCCAGAACGCGGAAAGAUGGGGAGACUUCUGAAGGACGUGACGGGCGCACAACUCCAACUUCACAUCCGAAGCCGCCCAAAGGAAAAAGAUUGUUUUCUAGGAAACCCUCCUCUCCGCCUUUACCCGACACUUCCACUCCCGCUGAUCCACUCGGGAUUGCUCAUUCGAUGGCGAGCACUGAAACAGUAACAACGGCCGCUUCUCAGGGAAUACCUCCACGGAAGUCCCCUUCAAGGGCCUUGAAAGCGUUAUUUAGGAGAGAUAUGUCCCAAGACGAUGAGAGCAUGAAUCAUACAGUGGAUAGUCAAACAAGGGAACUCGAGGUAGACCCUCGUCGGAAGGGCGAGAAAAGACUAUCCUAUGCCGUCCCCCUGUCUGCUUUUCAGUCUUUACGGAAGCGUGAACCCCCCAAUCUUACCCCCAUAGUCACCGUCAAUACGGAAAAGUUCAUCUCUGUUUCGCAGUCUCUACCUCCGUCACCUUUCUUGCUCGUUACUCCGGAAGCGUGGAGUGACCGGAAAGAGGACGGUUUACAAACCCCCGCUACACCAUACGUUUUAUGCUCGCCUGUGGAUGAAAGUAAACUCCGUAAGCAGCUGUCAAGCCCCAUUCAAUCAGCGCUAUCACCAGCUAUUCCAGUUUCGGUCUCGAAGACUGCACGCGGUAGUUCGGACGACAAUGGAUUCGUCGGAUUCCAAUCAACCACCCACCUCGGAAGCGAUUUAGACAAAGAGAACGUAUCCAUUAAUGAAGGGCUUUCCAAGGAUUCCCAUGCCCCCUCGCCAUCGCGACCUGAUAUACCGUUACGGCGAAUUUCAUCGCUCCGUGCGCGUGAAAACCCAUUUCCCAUCAGACCCAUCAGGCCAGUGCCAGUUUCGCUGACCAGAGAUGGAAUCAAAGCUCAGAAUUUGCGCUAUUCGUUGGAUGCCCGAGCAUCAGCUCUACACAUUCACUAUAACCGUUAUUGGGACAAUCAUCCCUCGUCCUAA